UUUUAUUUUAAGUCAAAAUCCCGAGUGCCUUUCGAAAUGAAUCACCUAAAACCGCUGCUUGCGAUGCUAGUCCUGCUAGUUACAUUUGAAAGAAGUACAGCAAUUUGGUGCUACCGCUGCACGUCGGCCACACCCGGUUGCGGGGACAACUUCAACUGGCGAGGAAUCGGCUACCUGGGUGAUGCCUGUCCAGAGGAUGACGACAUCUGCGUUAAGGUGAUCGAACGGAAAGGCGUGACGGAAACCGUAACUCGAGAGUGCCUUAGUGCUCUGCAGGGCUUCCGCACGGACAUACCGGCCGAUAAGUACGAGGGAUGUCGCCCGGCGGCAAAGGACGAACAGCUGGCACAUUAUGUGAACAACUCUAUCAAGGAGUUGGAUGUCAAGAGGGAUCACUUCCCGCAGACGACAUUCUGUUUUUGCUUCCUGGACCAUCGAUGCAACGGGGCACCACGGGGAGUGAGUGGAGUUUCGUGGAAGGUGGCACUGGGAGCGGUGGCAGUGGCCGGAAUCUUGCGAAGGUUUUAAGCUGUAACGCCGAGCUGUCCCAUGAUUCACAUGACAGCCUAAGUGAAUUAGGAAAUCAUUCCGUCCAUUUUAUUCAACUAACGAAAAAAAGUAUUGAAUCGCUUUUAGAAUCUCCGAGUUUUAUGACAAAUCGAGUAUGUAAGUAUAAUUUUUAAAUCUGUUCUUUUGAUGGAAAUUUAUGGUUACACUCAGCAGUCCAUACCGUUAAGUGAAUAUUAAGCAGUAAAGUGUCUUAUUUUGAUAAUAUGCCGCGCUUGAUGACUUGCUUCGAAAUUCC